AUGUAUGAAUCAUUCCGUCCUCAUCCGCUUCUCGCCCAAGUCCCCUUGACAGUCUCCCCGUUCAUCAAUCUCCCUACCUCAGUCACUCUUCCCUACACCUACAAAUCAGUUCCAUCGACUCUACCUCCAUCUGUUACCGUUGAUCCCAGUAAUCCGGACAUCAAAGCCCGUUAUGUGGUCUCCCCAAGCGGCGAGCAUGCGGCGCGCCCAGAAGAGAUACUGGCCUCUUGCAAGUCGCUGGAGGAACAUCUGAACAGGGCGCGGAUCGAGGCCAAGAACGCGAUCAAAAAGUGGGAGGAAGCGAUAUCGCAAAGAGAACUUGCGGAAAAGAGGCGUGUCGCUCCGGGUUGGCUGGAUCGAGAUGAGAAAUUGCUUCAGCCCAUCAGUUCGGCGCCGGCUCAAUCGUCAAAGAAUCAGUCAAACCAUAGCUUACUGGACAGCUCAUCCGGCAACCAAGGCUCAUCUGGUUUUCCUGCCAUGGUACCUCGCGAUGAGGGCGAAGAGUUGGAUCGCGCUUUUGGAGGGUUGGAUGUGAAAUAG